AUGGAGAGAUUCUUACAACUGUGUGAUUCUCGUGAAGAUCAAGUGCCUGUUGAUGGUGAGAGUGUUAAUCUGCGGAUAGCAAAUCCAACAACAUCAGCACAGUAUUUCCAUCUUCUCCGAAGA